UCACUUACAGUCAAGGGUCUUUCGGAUGUCUAGUUAAUGGAUCAAACAUAUCUAUGAGACAACUUGGGGUUUUAAUUGAGUGAAAGAUAUUAAGGAGGCUGUAAUUCUAGUGCGGAAGACAAAUUAGAGCUCGGAACCUUAUUCCAGAUGUUGGUUCACACCUAUUCGACCAUGGACCGUGCGGACGGACUGUCUGGCUCCUCUCCGAGCGGGCGACUGUCUCAGCUUUCCUCGCUAAACCAGUCAGCUUAUUCCUCGGCUCCACCGCUCUGCCACACACCGGCCUCCGACUUUCAGCCGCCCUACUUUCCACCUCCAUACCACCAAUCUUCACUUUCCUACACCCAGAGUCAAGACACCGGAUACCCGCACUUAUCGGACCCCUAUUCCUCCAUCAACUCUCUCCAUCAGCACCAGCAGGCAGCGUGGCACUCUCAGCGCUCUCGCUCAGAGGAAGCGGGUCUUCUCUCACAAUCACACCGGGCGCUGAGUUUAGACCCGCGGAGGGAGUAUCCGGGCGUACCGCGGCUUCUCCAUCAUGGACUGGGUGAGGGAGCAGCGGCUCUGGGUGAGGGUCCUUUAGGAAUGCACGCAGUGGGUCAUCACGGUCUGGAUGAAAUUCAAGGCAUGGAGGAGGCGUCAGCUUUGGGAAUUCUCGACCAUUCUGUCAUCAAGAAAGUUCCUCUCCCAUCAAAGCUAAAUGGCUCAACGAUCUCUGCCCUGUCCCUUACUAAAGAUGGUCUGGGCCUGGGGGGUGUGUCGAACCCGGCAGAGGUUUUCUGCUCCGUCCCCGGCCGUUUGUCCCUCCUCAGCUCCACCUCUAAGUACAAGGUCACGGUUGGAGAGGUGCAGAGACGUCUUGCCCCACCUGAGUGCCUCAAUGCCUCACUGCUUGGAGGAGUCCUGCGCAGAGCCAAAUCAAAAAACGGAGGCCGCUGUCUGCGAGAACGUCUGGAGAAGAUCGGUCUUAACCUGCCCGCCGGCCGCCGAAAGGCAGCCAACGUCACACUCCUCACGGCACUGGUGGAAGGGGAAGCGGUUCAUCUUGCACGGGACUUUGGGUACGUGUGCGAGACCGAGUUUCCAGCCCGGGCUGCCGCAGAGUAUCUAUGCAGACAAAGCGACCCGGAACAGUUGCCGACACGACGCAGUAUGUUGUUGGCCACCAAGGAGAUUUGCAAAGAGUUCAUGGAUCUGAUGUCACAGGACAGGUCGCCGUUGGGUGGCAGCCGCCCCACCCCCUGCCUGGAGCCCGGGGUGCAAAGCAGCCUGACCCACUUCAGCCUCCUCACCCAUGGAUUUGGCACACCCGCCAUCUGCGCCGCCCUAUCGGCCUUUCAGAGCUACUUGCUAGAGGCCCUAAAACUGCUGGAUAAAGGGGAGGGAGGAAAGAGCCACCAUGACAAAGAAAUAAAGCACCGCAAAUGAACACUUUGGAAAAAGACAUUGCUGUUUCUGGGCCCUUCCUCACUUUUAGGAGUGUAUGAGUGUAUUUAUGUGUAUGAAUGUGUGUGUCAGCCAACUGAUCUAUACGCAGUAUCUUGCUGCCGGGUUCAGAUUUCGCGUCGACACAGAUCACAAAAAGGCAAGCCUGUAUGGACUGGUUACAUUCGUGUCUGAUGAAAUCUGAGGUCUCCCGGGAGAUGCAGGAAAUGCAACAAUUUUUGAUACACACUGCAUGUGGACCACAAACUCCCUCUGGAUCCUCGGGAUGAGAUGACUGAUAUUUGUGUUCUCUAGAGACCGGGGCCCAAAACCAAUCACACAUGGCACGGACAAUAAG